AUGAAUGACGAUAGUGCAGCUAUUACGACACUGAAAAUUUUAAUUAUUGGUGAAAGUGGUGUUGGCAAGUCAAGCCUGAUGUUGAGGUUUGUAGAUGAUACAUUCGAUCCGGAAAUCGCGGCUACAAUUGGAGUUGAUUUUCGAGUUACAUCAAUGAUGGUCGACCAGAAUCGUGUGAAAUUAGCCAUUUGGGCAAGUUUUUUUUUUAUUUUAUUUACUAUGGAUACAGCUGGACAGGAACGGUUUCGUACUUUAACACCAAGUUAUUACAGGGGAGCGCAAGGAGUAAUAUGUGUGUAUGAUGUAUCAAAUCGUCAAACAUUUGAACGACUUGGUCACUGGAUGAAUGAAGUAGAUACUUAUUCAACCAAAACGGAUGCUGUGAAAAUGCUUGUUGGAAAUAAAAUUGAUAUAUCUAGUAGAGAGGUUACUCGAGAAGAAGGAUUAGAAUUCGCAAAAAAGUAUCGCAUGCUGUUUAUUGAAGCAAGUGCUAAAACUCGUGAAGGUGUACAAUGCGCAUUUGAAGAACUUAUUGAAAAGAUUUUGCAAACGCCCGGACUGUGGGAUAGCGAUCGAUCAGCUUUUGCUCUUGGUGCUGGUGCAGAUCAGACUGUUGGUAAUUGUACAUGUUAA